AUGACUGUAACGACUACUCCACCAACUUCUGUCCCCCUCGGAACUUACCUCGCUAUUAGACUUGCCCAACUAGGACUUAAACAUGUCUUUGGUGUUCCAGGUGAUUUCAAUCUUACUCUUCUUGACCAUAUCGAAGCCUCUCCAGAUUUAACAUGGAUUGGAUUCUGUAAUGAACUUAACGCAGCAUACGCAGCAGAUGGAUAUGCUCGUGUCAAAGGUACUCCCAUGACAUUAAUCACUACUUAUGGAGUCGGUGAACUCUCUGCCCUUAACGGUAUUGCAGGUGCUUUUGCUGAAAAUGUCCCUGUUAUUCAUAUUGUUGGUACCACUGGAAGACCUAUCCAAGAAGCAGGACUUCUCAUCCAUCAUGUCCCUCCACCAAAAGGUCAUGCUCCUCUCCCAGCAAAUCAUCGUAUCUACCCUGAAACUUCAAAACCAUUCUCUGUGGCACAAGAAUACCUCCUUGACCCAAGACUUGCCCCUUCUCAAAUUGAUUCUGCAAUCUCUGCAGCUUACAAACAAGCACUCCCUGUUUACAUUUACGUGCCUGUUGACAUGGUUGCCCAACCUCUCCCUAAACAUCUCCUCGAUACUCCUCUUGACCUAGCAAUUGAAUCUGGUCUUGAAUCAGAGCAAGAAGAAGAUUCACUUGUAGACGAAAUUCUUACCACACUUUAUGCUGCAAAAUCUCCCGUGAUUUUGGCUGAUACUCUAUCUGAACGAUUCCGCUUACGUGAAGAAAUUACUAAUCUUGUUAAAAAGGCUCAAAUCCCAUCCUUCUCAACUCUCCUAGGUAAAGGUCUUGUUGAUGAAACUUCUCCAUACUUUGCCGGCGUUUAUAAUGGUGAACUCUCCCAUACUGGAAUUGCUGAAGCCGUACAUGCUUCCGAUUGCGUGCUUAACCUCGGACCUUUACUCUCGGAUUCAAAUACAGGCGGAUUUACUCGCAAAAUUAAAUCUGAAAAUGCAAUCAUUCUUCACCCUCUUUAUGUCCAAGUUGGAGAUACCCCACGUCGUGAUGGAAUUUCAUUUGUCCCCAUUGUCAAGAAACUUGUGGCCCGUCUAGAUCCUGCCAAACUACAACAUUCACCACUUCCUCAAGUUACCUUACGCCAUGACAGACCCUCUCCAACACCCAUUUCUCUCGCAAGCUUAAUCCACAAUGUCAGUACCCAGUUUUUGCGUCCAGGUGAUGUAGUCAUUCCAGAAGUUGGAACUGUCCAGUUUGCAUCUCCAGAUUUCAUAUUCCCCGCAGAUACUCGUAUCAUUACUCAAGUCUUUUAUUCAUCUAUUGGGUUUUCGCUUCCUGCAGCUGUCGGAGCUGCAUUUGCUCAACGUGAACUCAAUCCAGCAAACCCUUCACGUGUAGUAUUACUUGAAGGUGAUGGAUCUGCACAAAUGACAAUCCAAGAACUCGGAACCAUGGUCAGAAAUAAACUCAACAUUGCUGUAUUUCUGCUUAACAAUUCAGGAUACUCGAUUGAACGUGCAAUCUGGGGACCCCAACAAGGCUACAAUGACAUUUGUCCUGAUUGGAAAUGGACUCAAUUACUAUCUGCAUUUGGUGGCUCUGAGGCAAAGUCAUGCUUGUCGACUCGUAUUGAGACUAAAAAAGAAGAAGAAGAAUUUUUCACAAAUGGUAUAAUCAACAAGUCGGAUCUUCCAAGACUAAUUGAAGUCAUUUUGCACCCAAACAAUUAUCCAUGGCGUCUUGAUGAUCAAGUUAAAUUUAUGGGUGCUCAAAACAUUGCCAUGUAUAAGGAAUAUUCUGCAAAACAUGAUUAA